CGUCACACAAAACGAACACUUUCCCCAAACCCACGCUCCCCAUCGCCCCGCUUCUCUUCCUCUGCUUCUUUUCCCACAAUGUUCUAUUUCACAACAUGACGCAACCUUCUAGCGAAGCCUUCCUCUUCUGAAUUCUCACAUUGCUCACUCGGACUCGCUGAAACUGAAACCCUAAGAGAUCUGCCAUGGGCUGUUUUCUUGCGUGUUUUGGCUCAUCUAAAGAUGCCAAACGCAGAAAACAGAGGCGCAAGGUUCCGCCUCUUGACUCUGACCAUCGGGGUACAACUAGCAAGCCAGAGCAAUCUUGUGUCACUUCAGGACAGGAUCACUCCAAACCCGUCACAAUCAGCAGCAACAUCAAAAGUCCAGGAUCGCAAGCCUGAGGAGCAGUCAAGCUUCAGUAGGAGGAAGAAAGUCACAUUUGAUUCUAAUGUGAAAACCUACGAGCCGGCUUUGCCAGAUGAAGCUACGGAGCUUCACUUGGAGAAGAGUGAACAAGGUGUGAAUAAGGAAGAAGCUUUGGUGAAAUCAAGCCAAUCGAAGUCUUCCUCGUACGCUAGUUCGGUGACUUCAACAGGAUCUUGUCCUCCGAAUAGAAGAUACCAAAAUUGCAGAGAAAGCGAUGAGGAAGAUGAAGAAAUGGAUUGCGGGGUUAGUGACCUUAGUGAUGAAGACAGCGACAUGGGAGAAGAAUUCGGCGACGACUUCGACGAUGAGAUUGAAUACACAAAGGCCAGAACUUCUGCUGCUCAUAUGGCUGCUGAAGAGAUGAAGAGUCCAAUCCCAAGCGGUGCUUUGUGUGAGAGCGAAGCAAAGCCAAUGGUGACCAACCCUAAUGCUCGGGAUAGAAGUGUUUUUGUUCAUCCAGUGCUGAACCCCGUAGAAAAUCUCACUCAAUGGAAAGUUGUUAAAGCCAAAAGAACACAGCCAUCAAUCCCUCUGAAAGAGAAUUCCAAUUCCAAUUCCAAUCAAGAGUACCAGAUUCCUUUCAGUUCAGAACCCACCUUCAAGGAACGAUCUGUAGGAAUUGACUCUUGGAAGAAAUCGAAGCAGGAAAUCGCAGUUGAUACUAGCCUUUCAAAUUGGUUGGUUUCAUCAGAAACAACACCAGUUAACGAGUCUAGUUCAGUUGCUUUGUAUGCGGGUACCCCUGACAGGAGCACCUCACAAGGUUCAGUAAUUAGCCAUGAAGAUAGACCCAUUUUGGGUGCAUUAACAGUUGAGGAGAUUAAGCAGUUUUCAGCUUCCAAUUCACCAAGGAAGUCACCAAGUAAGAGUCCGGAUGAGAUGCCCAUUAUAGGGACUGUAGGGACAUACUGGAGUCACUCGGGCUCUGUUCAGGAUUCUGGCUCUGUCUCUUCCUUUAAAGGAAUUCCUAACACCACAAGCAAGUACAGAGAGGAUAAGAAGGUGAAUUGGCAUUCAACCCCAUUUGAGACAAGGUUAGAGAGAGCUUUAAAUAGAGGCGCUGCUGGAGUUGCUACUACUCAUGUUGUUCCAUCUGUGUUUUAGACCAUGAUUCUUUGUGUCUGGGUUGUGGGGUGUAUGUUGUUGUGAAUGCUCAUUUUUUCCCCGUUUUUUACCCGUCUCAUAAUUCUUUUGUGUAUUUAACAUUUAAAGAUAUAAUCGAGUGUGACAUUUGCUUGCCA